UGUUGCAUCUCUCUCUAUUGCGUGGUUUGUGCGUGAAGAAUGGGAGUGCAGAUUAAAAUUAAAGAGGUGCAGGAUUUUUGGAGAGUCGUGCGAACUGUUAGUUUGAUCCAUACUUGGCACGAUGAUGCUGGUUGUUGUGUAUGUGGGUAGCAGCCUUUGUAUACAACCAAUAUGCAUGCGUACAUGGGGAUGGGGGAGGAAAUGUAAAUUAUUGAAGCUACAGGUGUGAUAGUAAUCGAGUGGUACUGAAAGCGGAACCGUAACGCACCUUGGCUCCGGAAACGACUCCCCAAAAAAUCUCUUGCUUGGUAUCCAGGUAGCGGAGCGUAAACAAAGUGGAAUUGAUGGAUACAUAAAUAUUUGUGGAAGCAUAAACUCGCAUGUGGCAGGUGUAAAUUGAGAAGAAUAGAGUGGUCACUUGUUAUUUAUUUACGGCCAUGGUCAUCUGAAACUGCUACUGCUGGUGUUUUAUUGGUUGGUUAGACAGGUUGGUUAUUUAUUCUUCAGAGUGACUCGGGGUGACAUGGAGGGCAUGUGAGGACCACGGAAAUCAUGGCAGCCUUGGACGCAAUUAUUCGUGAGUAUGUGAGAGCCGAGUUGGUGACGACUAAUAAUGACAACAAUCUCACUUCCGUGGAGGGCAGCAACACUAACUAUGUAAAAGAGCUGCAUGAAUGCUUGGAGCGUCGGGGCGUGAUGCGCGAACUGCAGGCCUUUCUGCGACAAAAGUUGGUCUUUCUUCUGGGUGAGAAGUGGCCUCACCUCGUGUCACGUGAUGGUGGUGGGGGUGGAACCGUCAUCAGUCCCACCGUCCUCCCUCUUUUCCUGGACUUUCUCCGUUCCCGAAAGCUGCUCUUCACCCUCUCUGUCCUUGCUGGGGAGCUGGGCCUUCAACCAGAUGACGCCUCGGCCUCUACGCCCUUUGGGAAGGUGGGCUGUUCCGAAGCGGAGGAAUUGCUCGAGGGGUGUGGUCUGCCCAGAGACUCUCCUGGAAGCCGGGCAGCCCUCCGCAAGUAUUGUGAGGAGCAAGAGGGGAGGAACGUGUCCCUCUUGGAGUGUGGUCUAGAACAGCUCGUCAAGGAACAAAAGGACAGCGUAUCAUCUGAGAGGAGAAGAGAUGCUGAUUGUGAGGACGACAACCUGGUCUCGUCAAGUUAUCAGAAACCUUGCCACGUCCGGUCCAAAGGGAUUGAAGAGGUGGUUUUCGCUAGAAACAGCACAGACAAGGUGAAAGCUGGCGUGGAAGAACGUUUGCACGCUAUUCAAAUAGGGCUGGAAAAGGACAAAAAUAUCCAACUUCAAAUGGCUAUCAACAAUUUUCGAGAGAAGGAGGAGGCCAAGAUCCGCCAAGAGCUGGAGACGCGAAUGGAGUUUGAAUUGCUGUCGAAGGAAAAGGAGCUGCUGAGCGUGGCCAAGGAACGGGCUGAGGUAUUUAGAGAAGCGUUAGCUGCAGAAAAGGCGGCCUGGGAGGAGGAAAAAGAACGGGAGGAGAGGAGGUUGGCAGAAAGGAGAAAGAAACAACUGGACCAAGAGAAGGAAGAGGCGAAAACUGCGAGGUCACCCAGACCACGGCCAACAGAAAUAGAAAGUGCUAAGAGCCAAGAACUUUUACCCACCAGAGACUACCAGCACUACCCAGUUCCCCCUCCAAAUAACAGAAGAGACCCGAUUUCGGAGAUGGAUCGAGACAAGAUUGCGUUUCUCCAGUACAAUUUGGAGCAACAAAGUCAAGAAAUCCGAGACUUGAGGCAACAGCUCCAUGGAACGACCAAUUUACAGCAAGCACCCCCACCAUCUACAUCCUCUCUGACCGACCUUGUUCAUUUUCUGAGCGCUUCCAAGAAGCGGUGCCUCGUCAUUGAGGAGGAGUCUCGACGGGUGGACUCGAAACUGACGGAACUCAGAGCGAGUCGGAGCAAACCCCUCCCUCUGGAUCUCAAGAAUCGUCGCCCAACACAAGCAGCACAAGCAGCGUCGACUCUCAUCUCACGACUUUCACUCCUGAACCCACCCUUGCUGCACCCCGUAAUCACUCCGUUGAACAUUCCCCUUCUCCCUCCCUCUUUCUACCAACUUUCAAGUAGUAACAACAAGGUCCCAACCCCUGCACAAACUCCAACCAGGUCUAACCACCCCCAAGAAACGCCAAAGUCUCCCAAAAAGGUAUCAGCAGAUUUGUCACCAAUCAGUCAGAAAUCGGUGACCUCUUUACCAGAAAACUCAUCCGCUCUCACUAAAGUGCAGAAUGAGUUCAAGCUUGCCAAGGCAUUGAGUGGGGGUGCUCUCUCGUUUGAGAAAGUGUUGACCUCGUCCUCAGAGGCAGAAGAGCUGACCCCCAAAAAAUCUCCACAACAAAGCAGCACUGCGAGAUUAAUGAAGUCUCCUCCACCCCAUUCAGCCCAAUCCACCUCGACGAGCGCAAUCAGACGAAGAAUCAGUUUCAGCGAUGACAAUCGAGUAGAAAAUGAUGACGACCAUGAUAAGGGAGAGGAACCCGUCAAACUGCUCCCGGACAAUGACAUCAACACAAACUCGGAGAGAAGUUUGUCCAUCUCGCAACUCUCUGGGCCCAAGAGCAGAGGAGGAGGCGAUGACUCUGACUUUUGGAACCUCUAAUUAUGCCGGUGUACAUACAAAGUGCUGAGAGAAAGCAAUUAAUUAGACGCAUGCAUAUUAGAUAUGUGUUCAACUUGUAAUUUAAUCAUGUUGUACGUAAAAGCGUUCCUCCUUCCCGUUGUUGAGAAGGUCACACAUUCAAUAAUAAUAAUAAAUAACAGUUCGGUUUGUCUUCUUUAACAA